CCCCCUAAAAACAUCUAUUUGGAGCCACUGUCGCAAAUCGCCCCUGCGCCGACGAAGGCUUGGCUUGCAGCAGCCUCUCCGCCAUCUGCCGUUGCCAGACGUCUCCAGUGCUCCGCCGUUCGUCCUGUGCCUCCGCUUCCAGGCCUGCGACUGCCGCCCCCAUCAGGUUCAAGAUGGUUGCAACCCUGUUUGAAGAUAUUUUUACAGUAACCAAGAUAAACCCAGAUGGUGUACUGUUUGAAAAAGUUGAUCGCAUCGUGGCAAAAGGAAACCAGUUUGAAAAGAUUUUGCAAGUCGAUGUGAACAAGGACAUAUAUCCCAUUGCGUUAAAUGAUACACUUAAGAUUGUUCUGGUUUCUACUAUAAACUUGGAUGGGACUCCAGAUUCUGGUUACUAUGUUCAGGGAAAUAGGAAAUCACUUGCUGAUGAGUAUGAGUAUGUUAUGCAAGGAAAGCUGUACAGGAUACCUGAGGGACGUUCGCCAGACGAACUGAAAAUAAUUGUUUCGUUCGGUGGUCUUCUGAUGGAACUGAGUGCCGACUCGUCCAUAGCUGCUAAAUUUGAGCUUGACCAGAGGGUGUUCAUUCUAAUAAGAAAGAUUCGGACGGAUAGAUAGGGUUUGUGUGCUCAAAUACCAGCUUGGAGUCUGGAGUGCUGAAUCUGGAGAUCUGAUGUGCUGCUUGCUUUUUAGUUGAUUUUCUAGUUGGAUACUUGGCUGGUGUGGUAGGAAUGAAAAUUGGGCAGACGAAAAAGAUUUCAUUGUUUUUUGUCAAGGUGCCACUUUCAAAUUAGGGUCCGUUGUGUUAAAUUUA